GCGAUGAAUGGAUGUAACGACAGAAUCCCAUCUAGGGCAGGUAUGCACUCUGUACGUAAUGAACGUGCAAAAAUAGUCCCCAUUCCCACCUGCUCACCUGCCCGUGAUCGACGACGAGUGGUGAUGACUGGUGAUGACUACCGGAAAGGACAGGUCGGGGUAGUAUAGUACCUGCAUCUCCCGUACACUACUACACACCUCCAAUGCUCCUACCAUGUGCUGUGCUGCGAGCUCGUGCCGAAUUGUGGCUUGCAUUGGAAGAGCAAAAAAUACAGCCCGGUGAAUACUUACUUAUAGCUCGCCAGACCUCACCUCAUCUCUUUCUGCUAUCCAUCAGUCAUUCGCUUCGCAUCACGCAAUCAAUCAUAUUUGAUCUCCGUCGAUCCAAACAAAGAUCAAGUAGAACAUCAGACAUAGCGUCGUCAAUCAUGCACGCCAUCACCGCGACAGCGACCCUGUUGUCCCUGGCCACGCUCUCGCUGGCUCACGGAACACCACCACCACCACCUCCUCCUCCUCCCGGGUAUCAAGCACCACCGCCACAAUACAAACCCACCACCACGUCCUUCAGUGUCUCGAUCCUGCCCAUCACCACCAGCGAACCCAUCUUCUCCAUUCUCCCCAUCAGCCUUUCAACCACGACCUGUACUCAAACCAUUUGCGCCGACUACGUGAACGAGUGUGGCCAGUGGUACGGAGGGUGUUACGCCGCCUGCCCGGACUCGCCCAAGCCGACCUUCACUCCUCCGCCAUGCACCAAGACCACUACGACUAGCAAGGCCACUACCACGAGCAAGCCAGCCUCGAAGAAGUCAUCGACCGCAACUUGCACACAGACCAUCUGCGCCGACUACAUCAACGAAUGCGGCCAGUGGUACGGUGGAUGUUACGCUGCCUGCCCGGGUCUCCCGAAACCAACUUUCACUCCUCCACCUUGCACGAAAACCAUUGUACCCAUCACCACUACCACCACCACCCCGACCAGCAGCAAGCCCGGCAAACCCACCAGCUCCUGCGCGCAGACCAUCUGCGUCGACAAGAUCAACUCCUGCGGCAUCCGCUACGGAGAUUGCUACGCCAACUGCCCCGACUCCCCUCCACCGACCUUUACCACCCCUCCUUGCCCUCCGACGACCACCGGUAAGCCCACCGGCAAGCCCGCCACCACUACCUGCACCCAGACCAUCUGCGUCGACAAAGUCAACUCUUGCGGAUUGAAAUACGGCGGCUGCUAUGCCAACUGCCCCGACUCUCCCCCGCCGACCUUCACCACCCCUCCCUGUCCCACCACCACCCAGAAGUCCACCUUGACAUUCUCGGCCUCCCUUCCCAUCCUCACCCUCACGACCGCGACUACUUCCUGCCCGUUCCUCUGCAGAGACUACUUCGACUCUUGCGGAAACACCUUUGGUCCUGGAUGCUACACCUCGUGCCCGGGCGCCAAGGAGCCGAGUUACACUACACCUUUCUGCGCGAGCGCUACUACCACCAAGCCGGCGGUGACGACUACGGCGAAGCCGAAGGGAUACUAAGUGCAAUCAAGUUGAAGUGAUAGCUUGAGAUGAGAUGAUUUGAUUCAUCGAGGAAGGUCAUUGAAAUGGAGAAAAUAGCAUCCUCUUUUCGUAAUGUGAAUGAUGUGAGGACAGGAAUUUUUUUUAUCAGUCUAUUCUUAUCUGAUGAGAAAGGGAAAAGCCAAGCAAGAAAUAUGGCAAGACAAGUAGCUACGUAUUAUUCCAACGAAGAAAUGACAAGCGUUCCAUCCAAAGUUUCCUGGGAAAGCGAGAGGGGUGAGAGGUUCGAAUAUACCCAUCGUG